AUGGAUGGCAGAGUAUUAUCUCAGCUCGAUCUCUGGUUCAUAAAGGGCUCAAUAAAAGGGUUGGUUCCGGAUCUUCCAUCUCCGUAUGGUGUGAUCCAUGAAUUACUGACGUUCGCCCGAGAAUUUGCUCAGAUUACGAGCAUUUCAAUUGCAAUCGGGUACAAACCAGACACUUGUGGGUGGCUGUUUACAAAAACGGGACGUCACACGGUUAAAUCGGGGCAUAGCACUUUACAGGAAUUUUCAGAUGAGGAGGUGCCUCAGGUCUUUGGACCAGAUGCCAGGAGGUUGCAAGCACAGGCAUGGAAAGUAAAAUGUACUACCAAGCUCCAACAUUUUCUUUGA